CAUACCUUUUCCUUUUUUAAGUUCUGAUUCAAUCUCUUCUUUAUCCACCUUAAUAACGUAAUGGCUUGCAUUACCUUCGAAGAGACACUGCAUUGUCCAGUGGCCGCACACAGAAUGUUCCAUGCAAUGUUCUUAGAUGCUCAUAAUUUGAUGCCAAAGAUCAUGCCUCAUGCUGUCAAGAGCAUCGACUUUGUCUCUGGUGAUGGAGGCUCUGGUAGCAUUCAACAAGUUAACUUCUGCCAAGGAAGUCCUGUGAAAUAUGUGAAGAACAGACUAGACUCCAAAGACAAAGACAACUUCGAGUGCAACUACACAGUGAUUGAAUCUGAUGCAUUUGCGGACACGGUUGAUCAUAUCAGUAACGAGAUCAAGUUUGAGAUUGCUCCUAGUGGUGGUUGUAUAUGUAAUUCCAAAAGCUCUUAUUACCCGAAGGCUGGUGCAGUGUUAAAUGAAGACGAGCUCAAGGUAAGAAGAGAACGCUCAAAAGUAUUGUACAAAAUAGUGCAAGAUUACCUCGUCGAAAACCCUGAUGUCUAUGCCUAAAUAGUGCAUAUGUAUUCCUGUUCGGCUUCGUUUCUAAAGCUAUGCUUUAAGUGUGUAUGUGCAAUUGGAAAUAUACUUGUUUUUUGUCGUCUGUUCCUAAAUGUGUAGUGUUCUGGUUUGUGUUUCGUUUCUUGCACAAUAAAGACUAAUGUACUUGCAACAAUAUUGAAAUUUCCAAGUAAAGAGAAAUGAUU